AUGCUGAAGGUUCUCAUCGUCUGCGCAAUUGGCGCCGUGGCGGUCCUUGCCGAGCAGAAGGAGCCUUCCUUCUUGGCCAACGUCAAGUCGGACGACAAGAAGGAGUUCUUGAAGAUCCAGAACGACGCUGUCCUCACCAUCAGCGAGAUCGACACCAAGCUCGCCGCCUGGGCAAAGAAGCACAACGUCAAUGUGAGAAGCGCACCGCUCACUUUUCCAGAAUUUUCCGAAUUUUUUCAGGCCUACAACAAGUACAAGACCGAAUUGAACAAUAUUCUGUCGGGAGCAUCCAAAAAGAUUGACGAGACGGUCAACAACUUCGCGAAGGCCGCAGCUGCGUUGAAAACAAUCCUGAGGAACAAAAAUCAGACCUUGGCCGACAGGAAGAAAGCCCUUGACAAACUCCAGGCGCAAUACCCUUAUGUGGGUUUUGAGAAAGUAUUAUGAUAUUAAAAAUGACUGCUUUACGAUGGGGUUAACUCAUCUAUCGAAAUUUUUUUGUUGAUUUUAUUAUUUAGAUAAUUUUUUUCAAAGCUCUGAAUACCAUAUGUUUAGCUGACCUCUUUAAUUAAAUUUAAAAAAUUUGCAGGAACUUCAAGCCCUCAGCGUUCUCCGAAAUCGGUACUUCGCAGAGCACCGACAUGGUGCCAAGAAGGCCGCCGGUCACUAAAAAACUUGGAAUAUCCCCUAGAAAUUUUCGCUGAUAAAUUCUUCUUUUUUGAGUCUCCCAUUGUCUCCCAUUGCAUCCAGAAGUUCCACUGCAAGCCGACAAGUGUGCAAAAAGCUUACGGCAAGCCGAAUUCCCAAGCCGUCUCCGAUCCAAGUACUACCGGCUCUCAACGUUGCUUAACUUGCCAGAUCGGACGGGAUGGCGUGUUUUCAACGUGAUGUGGUCGUAA